AAACAAAAACGGCAGAUCAAUUGGGCGAAACUUGCAGGCGUAACUGAAAUCGAAAACAAUAAUAGGGCGAAACUCGAAAAUCUCUGAAAUUACGCGAAAAAAGCUAAAGUUCUUGAUAACCAUCGAACAAUAAGUGAAUAUAAUACACAUUUUUUUAUUUUGUUGAACAAAAAGUGGUCGAUUUUAUUGUGAUUUUUUUCUUGCGCUAGAGUUUGCACACAAAAAUUUCGUCAAUCUUCAAUUUCGCUCUACGAUUUCGCUGUUUUCCUUCACCGUCGAAUGUGUAUGACUCUUGAAUUCGUGAUCAAAUUAAUCACAGCAGUCAUGCCUUUCCAAAUUGUAAACAAAACAUUUUAAAAAUCAUGGAACUUCGAAAAGAUCAAACCGAAGGUUCCCAUUUAACAUAAGGAAAGGUUGGCAAAGAUGGAUUCACCAUUAAUAUCCUUUAUUAGAAUUCCAUCAAGUAUUAUAUAGCUGACUGUUUUCUGGAAUCCAACCUACUAUUUUAGGGACGUAUGUAUCUCGAGAGUGUUCUGUAUCGAUGCAAGGCUGUGAUUAUGCCUGUAGUCGAAGCUAAAGUAGAGAGCCUGAUUUGCUUGUUGCAGACAUGCGGCAGAACUAGAGGCACGACCCCAUUCUCAACCGCUUUUUAUUAAUGAUUCCAUAUCGCUUCUCGCAGAUUAUUGUAACAAAAUAUUUUAAACUGAAAGAAUAAACUUUUAUUUAUUUUCAAAAUCGGAAUGUUUAAAAAUAUUCAGCGAUUUCUCACAGAAUAUUUAGGGCAGCAGGUCAAAGAAUAGCUUUAGUUUAAAAUGUUUCUUUUCAAAAAUUAAUAUAUUGUGUUGAUUUUCAGACGUUUCACCAAGUCCUUAAAACGGUCCUGUUGACGCGGCCCAUAGUGGUCAGAUGUCAAAUCAAAUUACUCAUACACAGCAAGAGAGAGGAAAUUGUUUAGAAUAAGGAAAAAUAAAUAGGAAAAAGGGAAGAAAAGUUGUUGAUGGAAAACCACCUGGUUAUAAGUUGAUUUCCGCAAAUAGUUAGCACGAAAUAAUAGAAAUUUAUUGGAGUUAGAGUAGAAGUGCUCGCGUUUAUUAAAACUAUACCAUACAACUUGGGUAUGUACUAAUAAUAAGUUGUAAAUGCUAAAAAAUCAAGCCAAGUACUGAAAGUACUUCUGCACUUUAGGUUGUCGAUCAUUGCCACGCUGUUGAGCUGAUAGAUUCGAAGGAAUUGUCGGCUGCCUGUUGGUCCAAAGCUUAUCCAGUUACACAGGUCCUUCAGCAGCUGUAAGUAAACGCCGUUAGUUGUACACCUGAAAAAGAAAAGUAAUUAUUAAAUUUAUAGAUUGCUAGACACCAUCAACAGAAAAGGAACUAACCUCAAAUACGAUCAAUCGAUCGAACAAUUAUAUUUAGAUACAAUCGUUGGAAAGAUUGUUUCAAAUCGCUGCGCAUAAUUGGCAUAGAUUAUAAAUCAAAUCUCGUAUGUAAGUUAAAUUGAAACUAAACUGGGAAACAAAUUCUUAUUUAACAUUGAAAUUAUCAAUUAGGUCGAUUAUUAGGCGGCAAAGAAAGUUUCGACUAAACCACAGAAUUAUAAAUAAUCCACGGUCAGAAACACGAUAGCGAAUUGAAGAAGAGAGGUUCUACUAAAAAAUUUGUGAGUAUUUGAUCGAAAAUAACAAGUUUAUACAAGUUUAGUUUACCUAUUCUAAUAAAUUUACAGUUGAGCUGUCUAUUAUUGUACUGCUGCAAAAAGGUGGAUUAUCUCCAGGAAGAUCCGAAAAUCACCGCAACAUUUCUCAAAAAUUUUUUAUCGGAUAAACGGAUCGAACCUUCGAAAUGGCAUCGUGUGGAAAACAGGAUUUUACAUCAACCCCCUGCGAGUCGUGUGGCCAAAUAUCCACGCAAAAUGAAGGAAUGGUUGGAUGCAACGGUUGUGCAGGGUGGUUCCACUACCGUUGCGUUGGAGUCACGGACGAGGUCAAAAAACAGAAGAAGUGGUUCUGUCCGUCCGAAGCGUGCCAGCAGUUGUACGCCAAAUAUCAGAAGAAGCAAGAAGCCGGUCGCAAAGGUGCUACAAAGAAAACCGAAGGCUCAGAUAAGUCGAGCACGACAUCUGAACGACAGACAAAUCUCCUCAGCGAUAAUAAGGAUGAAACAAUUGUUACUCGGGACGAAAACCAACAGAUUAGAAAAGAGAAACUCGACGUGGAAAGAAGGCAAGCGUUCGAAAAACAAGAUUUGGAAAUUGAGUCGUUGGCAAAGCAGUAUGGAAUCGAAACAGAAAUACGUGAGAGGCAAAUCAAAUUGGAACAACAGAUGUUUGAAAAGGCUUUAGAAGAUAAGCGAAUGCAUUUACAAAAACUCAAAGCUAUGCGCGAAUCUUAUCAAUCUAAAAUGGACGCUCUGGAUAAAGAAUUAGCAGAAUUCAGCUUGGAAUCCCAAACUGCGCUGCCAAAGGGUUCUCGUGGUAAAACUUCGACUCCUUUACGCCAACUUGAUCAACAAUGCUGGAAAGUACCUGGUGAGUCAAUGAAGAGUAGAAACUACAAUAAGAAAACUGCAGUAUUAGAUUCGGAAGCUGGCUCGACUGAUAGUUCCUCGGGUGGCUCUCUCUCUGAUUUCACCGAUAGUUCAUCGUCAUGUUCGUCAACUAGUUCAAAGGCUGUUUCACAAGGGAAUCGAACUAGACCUUCGAAAGCACAAUUGACGGCACGCAAUGGAAUCAACCGAAGACUUCCGCCUUUCUCAGGAAAGCCGGAAGAAUGGCCGCUUUUUGUGAGCAGCUACACAUCCUCUACCGAGGCGUGCGGUUACAAUAACAUCGAAAACUUAGUUCGCCUUCAAGAAAGCCUAACAGGACCGGCCUUGGAAAAUGUACGUGGACUCCUGUUGUAUCCUAAAUCUGUCCCCAAAGUCAUAAAAAAAUUACGCAAAUUAUACGGUCGUCCGGAAAUCUUAUUGCAACACUACAUCGACAAAGUACGUAGAUUGGAAUCUCCAAAAGCAGAAAAGUUAACCACUUAUAUUCCGUUCGGAAAUGCAGUAGAACAGCUCUGCAGUCACUUGGAGGCAUCUGGUCUAUACGCGCACUUGAUAAACCCCACUUUGAUUCAAGAUCUUGUAAACAAAUUACCGGCAAUUAACAAACGAGAGUGGGUGCGGUAUAAAAGGAGAAAAUCCACCGUGAAUCUACGCACGUUUGCAAAAUUCAUUUCUAAAAUUGUGUCUGAAAUUUGCGAAACAAAUGUGGACGUUGAAUCUGUACUAGAUUCUCAAAAACCAAGAAUCAAGGAAAGAGUAGUUUUCACUCACAGCGUUGAAGAACGACAAACACUCACAGCACAAAAACCAUGUAAAGCAUGUGGGCGUACGGAUCAUCGUCUACGCUUCUGCGAUGAAUUCAAGAAAAUGUCUGAGGAGCAGCGUUUUGACCUAGCGGAGAAGUGGAAACUGUGCCAUAUUUGCCUGAAUGAGCAUGGGCGACUGCCCUGCAGAUUCCACCGAAUAAAAUGUGAUGUUGCUGGAUGUCGAGAUCGUCACCAUACACUCCUCCACCCAUCAACCUGCCCAACUGUAUCUCUAAACACGCACUUCCCUGAUUCCUCCAGUAUUAUGUUUCGCAUGAUACCUGUCAGUCUAUACUUUGCUGAUAAAAUUGUGAGUACUCUUGCCUUUCUCGACGAAGGCGCAUCAGUUACUUUGAUCGAAAACUCAUUGGCAGCAAAACUGAAUCUAGUGGGUGAGUCGGAUCCGUUAACCAUCAAAUGGACAGCAGACGUGUCGCGCACCGAAAAGGACUCCAUCAGAGCGGACGUCGAAAUAUCGUCAGGAACUGACGAUCAACGAUGGCAGUUAAGGAACGUUCGAACGGUUUCGCAGCUCCUCCUCCCAAUGCAAGUGCUAGAUACUAAAGAACUUAAACAACAAUAUCCUUUCCUCGCAGAAGUACCAGUUCAAUCUUACAAAGCCGAGCGACCCGGACUUUUAAUCGGACUCAAUAAUUUGGAGACGAUAGCGCCAUUAGAAACGAAGGUGGGGAAUAUUGGUGAACCCAUAGGCGUACGUUCGAAAUUAGGUUGGUCAGUGUAUGGUCCAGUUAAGGAGUCACCGUUUACCACCUCGAGUGGAUAUGUUGGGAUUCAUGUACAACCUACCAACCAAGAAAUCUACGACCUGUUAAAAUUCCAAUACUCGGUGGAAGAAAACCUUAGUUCGGUUUCGCAUGAAUCAAAGGAGGAACAAAGAGCACGUCAAAUCAUGGAAGCAACCACCGUACGAAUCGGUAACCGGUUCGAAACAGGUUUACUUUGGAGUACAGAUAAUCCUUGGUUCCCUGAUAGUUAUGGAAUGGCAUUGAGGCGAAUGGAAGAACUAGAACGAAGACUGGCAAAUAAACCACAAUUGUACUCAAAUGUUUGCACACAAAUUAAGCAAUACUUGCAGAAGGGAUACGCGCACGUAGCGACAGCGGAGGAACUUUCGGUAGCCAACGCCAGCAAAACGUGGUACUUACCAUUAAACGUAGUUUUAAAUCGAAAUAAGCCCAAUAAAGUCCGUCUGGUUUGGGAUGCGGCGGCAACCGUUAAAGGAAUUUCGCUAAAUUCUCAAUUGAUGAAGGGUCCUGAUAUGACGGUGUCUCUGCCGUCUGUCAUCAGUCGCUUUCGGGAACGACGUUUAGCCUUUGGUGCAGAUAUUCGGGAGAUGUACCAUCAAAUCCGAAUUAGGGCAGAGGACAGACAGGUACAACGGUUUCUUUUCCGGGAAGAUUGUUCAAAGCCACCGACGAUCUAUAUCAUGGAUGUGGCCACGUUUGGGGCAACAUGCUCCCCAUGCUCUGCCCAGUAUAUCAAAAACCUGAAUGCGCGUGAGUAUGCAACGGAAUAUGCUGAAGCUGCUGCUGCGAUAGUAGAAAACCACUACGUUGACGACUAUUAUGACAGCGUAGAUACGCUGGACCAAGCGGUUGUAUUAGCCACCCAAGUGCGAGAUAUUCAUGCCAGAGGAGGAUUCGAAAUUCGAAACUGGGUUUCGAAUUCUGAAGAAAUGCUUUUGAAAUUGGGAGAACCCAGUGAGGAACAGGCUAUCAAAUUCAACAAGUGUAAAGAAACCGAUACUGAACGGGUGUUAGGGAUCAUUUGGAACCCCCACGAUGACGUUUUCUGCUUUUCCACUGCGCAUCGAGAUGAAGUUCGACAGUAUUUAUAUGGGAAUUCACGACCGACAAAACGGAUUGUCCUGAGUUGUGUUAUGGGUUUCUUCGAUCCGCUAGGGCUACUCUCUCCCUUCACAAUUCUAGGCAAGAUGUUAAUUCAGGACUUGUGGCGGACUGGAUGUGAGUGGGAUGAAGCCAUAGAUGACAAUUCCUUUGCCAAAUGGAAAAAAUGGACCGAAAUAAUGUCUCAAGUGGAAAGCCUUCGUAUUGAUCGAUGUUACCUCGGAAAUUUACAUUCAAAAGAAAUUGAAUCGCUUGAAAUGCAUGUAUUCACCGAUGCCAGUGAGUAUGCCUAUGGGUGUGCCGUCUACUUCCGCGUAAAAUGGGCCGAUGGUGUGAAGGUUUCAUUGGUGAUGUCGAGCGCAAAAGUGGCCCCAUUGAAACGAAUAUCGGUGCCGCGCUUGGAGCUCAUGGCAGCAGUUCGCGGAGCAAAGUUAAUGAAAACGGUUCAGCAAAAUCAUCGUCUGAAGGCUGGAAAAUGUAUCCUGUGGACGGACUCCCGAACCGUGCUCAGCUGGAUUCGAUCUGAAGCUCGUAACUAUCAGCAGUUCGUGUCAUUCCGUAUCGCUGAAGUACAAGACCUUACGAAUAUAUCAGACUGGCGAUGGGUUCCCAGUAAGCAAAACAUCGCAGAUGUCCCCACUAAAUGGGGAAUGGGAUCUCCUUUAGACAUGGACGGUGCUUGGUAUCGAGGACCCGCAUUCUUGUAUGAACCAGAAAGCUGUUGGCCAGAACAAAUCAGCUCACCCAGGAACAUCUCAGAAGAAAUCAAACCAUGUUUUUUACUCCAUCAUGAGGGUGGUCAACGGCUUUCCCUCAUUCCCGUGACUAAUAUGUCAUCUUGGAAUCGAAUCUUACGAGUAACCGCUACAGUUGUCAGGUAUGUUGCCAAUUUGAGAAGGAAACUAAACGGAGAACCCUUGCUCUGUGCUAAGUUGAAAGAAUCGCAAGUACUGAAACUACAAGUCAAAUCUAAAAAAAUAAAGUGUCCUCUUCAAAGUGAAGAACUUCAAAGAGCUGAAUCUAUCUUAUGGUUGCAAGCUCAAAGUGAUGGUUUUCCUGAUGAAAUAUACAGAUUAUCUAAAUUUACGGAGAGUGGUCGCGACGAAGCGGAAUGUCGUUUACCAACAAGCAGCAAACUAUUUAAGCUGACACCUAUCCUAGACGAAAAGGGAGUUCUGCGAGUCAGAGGCCGGAUAGAAAAAGCUGAAUACCUUCCAUUUGACAAGCGUCACCCUAUCAUACUGCCCCGUGAUCACAUUUUAACUUUGCGAAUUAUUCAGCAUUAUCACGAACUGUUCGGACACGCCAACCGCGAAACGGUGUUCAACGAAGUUCAACAAAAAUUUUACAUCAUAGGAUUGCGCGGCGUGAUUCGAAUGGUCGCCAGAAACUGUGUUUGGUGCAAAGUUCACCGUUGUAUUCCACGAGUUCCGAUGAUGGCACCGCUACCAAUACAACGCAUAACUCCUCAACUAGGACCGUUUCAAGCCGUAGGUGUUGAUUACUUAGGCCCGCUUGAAGUAACAGUGGGUAGGCGCAAGGAGAAAAGAUGGGUUGCUGUUUUCACAUGUUUAUCUAUAAGAGCGAUACACCUGGAAGUAGUUUACACUUUAUCUACACCAUCGUGUCUUAUGGCGAUACGCAGAUUCGUAUGCAAACAAGGAGCACCAACAGACAUUUUCUCCGACAAUGGCACGAACUUUACGGGAGCCUGGAAUGAAAUGCAGAAACAGAUUCACUACGAAUGCGCAGAAGCUAUGACCACUCCUCGAACGAAGUGGCAUUUUAACCCUCCAGGAACCCCCCACAUGGGUGGCAUCUGGGAAAGGAUGGUGCGCUCAGUGAAGGAGGCAAUGAAAGCAUUAGAUGAUGGAAGAAAACUAACAGAUGAGAUUCUCUGGACUACUCUAUCCGAAGUCCAAGAUAUGAUAAAUUUAAGACCACUGACAUACAAAUCCCAGGAAGUCAUGGAGGACGAAUCGUUAACCCCAAACCAUUUCCUGAGGACCGUUAAAGCGGAAGAAUUUCAACCCAAGUCGGAGACGGAACUAGCUGAUGCGUUAAGAAACAUUUUUCAGAGAUCACAGUUUUUAGCUGAUAGAGCUUGGGAACGUUGGUUGACAGAAUACCUACCAUCAAUUAAUCGGCGUACGAAAUGGUUCCAAGAACAACGGAAAAUUAAGAAAGACGAUCUGGUAUUUGUAGUGAAUGGAAAGGACCGGAAACAGUGGAUUCGAGGAAUUGUCGACGAAGUCAUCGAAGGACAGGAUGGGAAAAUUCGACAAGCUUUGAUCAGAACUGCCAAAGGAGUAAACCGACGAAGUGUAGUUAACCUUGCGGUGUUGGAACUAGGUGUUGAAGAACAGGGUAAAACCGGAAAAUCAAGAGAUUUACCGGAGUUACGUGUGGGGGGUGUUGACGCGGCCCAUAGUGGUCAGAUGUCAAAUCAAAUUACUCAUACACAGCAAGAGAGAGGAAAUUGUUUAGAAUAAGGAAAAAUAAAUAGGAAAAAGGGAAGAAAAGUUGUUGAUGGAAAACCACCUGGUUAUAAGUUGAUUUCCGCAAAUAGUUAGCACGAAAUAAUAGAAAUUUAUUGGAGUUAGAGUAGAAGUGCUCGCGUUUAUUAAAACUAUACCAUACAACUUGGGUAUGUACUAAUAAUAAGUUGUAAAUGCUAAAAAAUCAAGCCAAGUACUGAAAGUACUUCUGCACUUUAGGUUGUCGAUCAUUGCCACGCUGUUGAGCUGAUAGAUUCGAAGGAAUUGUCGGCUGCCUGUUGGUCCAAAGCUUAUCCAGUUACACAGGUCCUUCAGCAGCUGUAAGUAAACGCCGUUAGUUGUACACCUGAAAAAGAAAAGUAAUUAUUAAAUUUAUAGAUUGCUAGACACCAUCAACAGAAAAGGAACUAACCUCAAAUACGAUCAAUCGAUCGAACAAUUAUAUUUAGAUACAAUCGUUGGAAAGAUUGUUUCAAAUCGCUGCGCAUAAUUGGCAUAGAUUAUAAAUCAAAUCUCGUAUGUAAGUUAAAUUGAAACUAAACUGGGAAACAAAUUCUUAUUUAACAUUGAAAUUAUCAAUUAGGUCGAUUAUUAGGCGGCAAAGAAAGUUUCGACUAAACCACAGAAUUAUAAAUAAUCCACGGUCAGAAACACGAUAGCGAAUUGAAGAAGAGAGGUUCUACUAAAAAAUUUGUGAGUAUUUGAUCGAAAAUAACAAGUUUAUACAAGUUUAGUUUACCUAUUCUAAUAAAUUUACAGUUGAGCUGUCUAUUAUUGUACUGCUGCAAAAAGGUGGAUUAUCUCCAGGAAGAUCCGAAAAUCACCGCAACAGGUCCAAUAUUGGUUUGUUACUUGGUCCGAUUUUAGACUAUUUCACCAGUUGUACGGACCGGAUGAUCCGGACUUUGAGAUUUGGGAUAUUUGACAGUCUAAUGUGGAUUGUAGGGUACCAUGUUGCAGGCGUGCCUUUUGGUUCACAUGUAUUGAUCAGCAGGGGAGUCUUAGUUAGGUACGUGGACAGAAAAGACGCGAAUAAACCGUUGUGCACUUUAUCUUGUUGCGAAAGUGGAAAUUGCAUCCGAAACCCCCCGAAGUCCUUACAUGGAUCAUUGAAAUUUCGCUAAACAAACGUCGUCACAUUGCAAACUUGUCAACUGAUAUGUGUAAACA